AACAAUGUCUGAUGUGUAAAGUCCUCCUUGGCUUUCUGCGUAAAGUUGUCCCUUCUUCUCCUAGGAACUGUUUACAACUGUGGCCCAGAGAUGAGUGUCCAACAGGACCCCGAGUGCCAGACACAGCAUGAGUCCCUGGGCUCAGCAGCCACCAGGGACCACCCGAUGUCCCUGUCCACAGAGCCCAAGUUUGAUAUGUUGUACAAGAUCGAAGACGUGCCACCUUGGUACCUGUGCAUCCUGCUGGGCUUUCAGCAUUACCUGACAUGCUUCAGCGGCACCAUUGCUGUGCCCUUCCUCCUGGCUGAGGCGCUGUGUGUGGGCCGUGACCAGCAUAUGGUUAGCCAGCUCAUCGGCACCAUCUUCACAUGUGUGGGCAUCACUACCCUCAUCCAGACCACACUGGGCAUCCGGCUGCCGCUGUUCCAGGCCAGUGCCUUUGCAUUCCUGAUCCCAGCCAAAGCCAUCCUGGCCCUGGAAAGAUGGAAAUGCCCCCUAGAAGAGGAGAUCUACGGUAACGGGAGUCUGCCUCUGAACACCUCUCAUAUCUGGCACCCACGAAUACGAGAGGUCCAGGGUGCAAUCAUGGUGUCCAGCAUGGUGGAGGUGGUAAUUGGGCUGAUGGGGCUGCCUGGGGCCCUGCUCAGCUACAUUGGGCCUCUCACAGUCACCCCCACCGUCUCCCUCAUUGGCCUCUCUGUCUUCCAAGCUGCUGGUGACCGAGCUGGCUCCCACUGGGGCAUCUCAGCUUGCUCCAUUCUCCUGAUCAUCCUCUUCUCCCAGUACCUGCGCAACCUCACCUUCCUGUUGCCUGUCUACCGCUGGGGCAAGGGCUUCAGUAUCUUCCGCAUCCAGAUCUUCAAGAUGUUUCCUAUUGUGCUGGCCAUCAUGACCGUGUGGCUGCUCUGCUAUGUCCUAACCCUGACGGAUGUGCUGCCCACAGACACAGCAGCCUAUGGCUUCCAGGCACGAACAGAUGCCCGUGGAGACAUCAUGGCUAUUGCACCCUGGAUCCGAAUCCCCUAUCCCUGUCAGUGGGGACUGCCCACAGUGACUGCAGCUGCUGUCCUUGGCAUGUUCAGUGCCACACUGGCAGGCAUCAUUGAAUCCAUUGGAGAUUACUAUGCUUGUGCCCGCCUGGCUGGUGCACCACCCCCUCCAGUACAUGCUAUCAACAGGGGCAUCUUCACUGAAGGCAUCUGCUGCAUUAUCGCAGGGCUGUUGGGCACGGGUAACGGGUCCACUUCUUCCAGCCCCAACAUCGGCGUCCUGGGGAUUACUAAGGUGGGCAGCAGGCGCGUGGUGCAGUACGGCGCGGGCAUCAUGCUGGUCCUGGGCACCAUCGGCAAAUUCACGGCCCUCUUCGCCUCGCUUCCCGACCCCAUCUUGGGGGGCAUGUUCUGCACUCUCUUUGGCAUGAUUACAGCCGUGGGGCUGUCCAACCUGCAGUUCGUGGACAUGAAUUCCUCUCGUAACCUCUUCGUGCUCGGCUUUUCCAUGUUCUUCGGGCUCACGCUGCCCAAUUACCUGGAGUCCAACCCUGGCGCCAUCAACACAGGCAUCCCUGAAGUAGACCAGAUUCUGACCGUGCUGCUGACCACUGAGAUGUUUGUGGGCGGGUGCCUUGCUUUUAUACUGGAUAACACAGUGCCAGGGAGCCAAGAGGAACGAGGUCUGAUACAGUGGAAAGCUGGGGCCCAUGCCAACAGUGAGAUAUCUGCCAGCCUCAAGAGCUAUGACUUCCCUAUUGGGAUGAGCACAGUAAAAAGGAUCACCUUUCUGAAAUACAUUCCUAUCUGCCCAGUAUUCAAAGGAUUUUCUUCAAGGUUUCCACUUCCAGAAGACACUCCAGAAAACAUAGAAACUGGGUCUGUGUGCACCAAAGUAUGAAAAAUUACUUCCAGGAAAGG